UCUGGUUUGGCUCUAUUUUCGUUACUGCUCGCUCUCGCUUCGGUGCACUGUUCAUCGUUUUCUACGACGUUUCAGUUUUCUCCUGGAUACCGAUCGGAUGGAAUGGUUGGUGCGGCCAGACAAAAAUACGGAUCUGUUCGCUUCUGCACUGCUGCUCGAUUCGGAUCGGAGUGUCCGGCAUGCCACUGCCGGAGCUCAGUGUGGUUGUCGAAUGUCCUUCCUCAACCACACUGUGUACGGUUACGAAAUUACGACCACCAUAAUGUAAUGUUUGCUAUCUGUAACGGAAGUCAACACCACCUGCUUGCAAGUACGGCGAUCCACAGAACGGAACAUCCUCUAACGCAACAUUUCCUCUAACCUUUUACGGAGGGGACCUAGCGCGCGAAGGAACGUGGUCUAAAGUGUUCUCACGUACGCUUUCAUGAUCCGAUCUUUAGUUUCCCCGCCUUAACCAUUUGUUAAUCAAACGGACAGGAUAGAUAGGAACUACUACCUGACAGUGGAGGCCUCGAAAGACGAUUGUGCCUUAAAUCGUGGGCAUUCUCUGCUAUUGGCAGCAUGCUGCACGUCGACCUUAGAAAGAUUCAGCCUAUUGUCCUCAACGCAGUUUACACACUCGGUCCCGGGAUUACAGAUCAGUCUCGGGAUUCGAACCCAGCCCAGCUGCGUGACAGCGAUGAGCGUUUCCAACAGCUCUAUCAGCGGGGGGCAUAUUUCAUGCUAGAGUUUUCAUAUUUAUCAAUAACUUUCACUUCAGACCACGGAAUUUCUUCAUUCUGAUAUUUAAGGAACUCCUCAAUAUCUUUUGCUGAGUAAUCCUCUGUCAUACCUAUCAUUUUCAUUCUCGCCAGGGGCAUUGAAAUAUAGUAUCCGUGGCCAAGAUCAGUCCCUUACCUAGCUUUAAUCGUAUUUAAUUUCUCAUUUUGAGAUACUUUUACUGAAAUUCUGAUAAUGGUAAUAAUGUACGAGAGAAACAUGAUAAUAAUGUACAUAAAAUGGAACCGGCUUGUGUUUGUCUAUUAAGAAUUAUCGGAGAAGUAAUAGACGUUAAUCGUCGUACGUAGAAAAAGGCCACAAUACGCGACAAGACAUGGAAGAGUCAUCGUGCAACAUAGCAAUUUACCCACUUAAUGUGAUCACAAUUGUAAAGACAAAGUGUCUAUAAUGCAAAAGAAAAAAAUAAGAAGGAAGACAAGGACAAGGAAAAAACAAAAACAAGGAAACGGUCUUUAUAUAAGGUUGGGGAAAAAGAAAUCCAAUAUUUUUGCGUUAGUUUCAAAACUGUAUUUAAUAUGUUCAGAUGGUCCAAUUUGCGUCACAUAUGGACCAUUUUGUUGCAAAAUUUGUUCCAUUUUCAAAGGCAACUUUAUAGGCAUAGCAUAGAUUCAUAACCCCUCUGUUUUAGAAGUCUUGGUCGUUAUUGAAACUCUAGUAAUCUGUUUUUACAAUCCUUUUUUGAUCUCAAUUUCGGAUCACUCAGGAAGUUUUACAAUGCAUGAAAAAGGUGAUAAUCGCUUGGUCUGGACUAUAUGAUGGAACUUCCCAACCGGUUGAGCUUGCUUAGACCAAGAUCGUUUUCACAUAGUAUUGUCGUAUGUAUCCCAUUUCUCAUCCUCAUUACCCAUUCGUUGAAGAAAUGGGUCGAUUUCAUUCCGUUUGGUCAAAACUUCGCAUUAUGUUUUUUGUGUAAAUUAGUAUAGCACCCUAACAUCGAACUUCUUUGUGAAUCCAGCUAUGCGCUAAUUACUUAAGACUGUAAAAUGUUGCCGAGUUGUUGUUACUUUGUUGCCGAGAAAACAAUCGAUUUCUUUUUAGCCAAUCUUAUAUUAAUUUUAUUCUUGCUAUCGUAUUUGGUUCGCACGUAGUUCAGUAGUGCCAUCUCCUGCUCCGUGCGGUUUCGCCAUGUCCAUGCACGCCUACUUGCUUUCGUUUCAUUUUAGGAAGUUUCCUCAAACCCUAGUGGCCAAAGAUGGGCGAAACGUUUCAUCAUCUAAAUUUGCCUUAAUUGUUCCAUUACUGCAUUUAAUCGUUAUUAAGGAGCAUAAGGUUUUUACGAUCUGUUGUUUAUUAAAAGAACCUUCUCUCAUCUCUAUCUUCGAAAAAGCUACGUUGUUUAUUUGUUGCGCUUUCCCCCCAAGUCCCUUGUCGCGUGAUAAACGUAUAUCAUUUAUAUUUCAAUCAAUCACGAUUGCAAAAUACUAGGAUGAUUCUGUUGUCCGGCGAUAGUAGCAGUUACAAGUUCAUACUUCCCCCUUCCAAAAAACUAUAAUGCAUUGCUAUGUAAAACGUUGCACCGUGUACACUUUCUGGCAUCUGGUAGCAUCUACCAAGCCAAGUAUAACUUCGUUCCGGGGCCUCACUAAUCGGAGCACACUUAUAGAGGCCAUCAUUAUACGGCUCGAUGACUAUAUACGCACUGCUUCACAAUCUGUGUCAAGUUUAUCCCGAAUGCAGCACAACGGUUUUAGUCGUGUGUCACACUGCUACAUUAACAUCAGGAGGCAUCAAGAGGCAUUCAUUAUCAACCGAAGAAAUAUUAAAGCAACCAAAAACGAUUCGAGAAUUUCGAAUGUAUAUCGCAAGGCAAAUGGCAAACAGCUCAUUGAACAAUUGUGCGAAUUUUUUGGUUAUCGUGUGGCUUCUUGUGAUCCUUCACGGAGAUCCAAGAACUGGAGGUAAUUGGAUAGAAAUUUCCCACUUCACGCCGCCCUCAACUGUGCAAGGUGAUCGUACCAGUGUGGCUUCGCGAAUUCACCGUAAUUCUACGAUCAAACCUGAACAUUCGGACAGCUUCCUGUCGUACUUUAGUCUCCUUUCAAAUUUAAAACCAAUGAAUACUUUGAACGGUUCCGAACGCUUGGUAAGAAAUUUGCUUAACUACGACAGUAGGACGUUAGAACCAGUUGGCUUCCACCAGGUACGGGCGCUGAAUGCUUCGAGUAAAGUGGAACCGCUACGUGAGCAUCAACCUGCUAAACAGGGCACGGAGCAUAUUGGGAUGCUUCCUCUCCGCUUUGAAGAAAAGUCCAUUGAGCAACCUCCUUCAAGGCCGACUAACAGCACCAUAUCGACGGAAAUAGAUGAUUUUGAUGAUUAUGGAGGACGGAUGUAUUCGUUAAACGAGAAAACAUUUCAUACGAAUAUCAUUGCACCUGCAAACUCUGUGAUUGAUUGUCCUGUUCACGGCCAACAAUCGGUGACUCUAGCCGGCGAGGAACUCGCUGCGUUUUUUGACUUUCUGCGUUGCUUACAAGCUAGCUUUGGCUUACGCUCUGCAUAUAAUGUUAGCGGCAAGAUUCACCUAUUGGUUGGUCUCCGGAAUUUGUUGUUCGCCAACAUUGAGCAAAGGAUCGCUAGGUUGUGGAUAGAUAACCAAUCCUCUAUGACGAUCCGACGAAAUCAACGGCGGCGACGAAGGCAGUUACGUCGAACUAGAUGGAUCGACCAUGCCGGCGAUAGUGAUGGCAGCAUGGAUUUCCCAUCGGCAGAAGGUGCUCUACUCACUAUCUCCUUCCUUACCUUUGCCGUAUUUCUGAUCAAACUCGUACUUCAAGUGAUCAACACGAUCAAGGCCAAGCAUUACACCUACAGCACCUUUGCCAGUGGAAGUACACCGUUCUCCGGCAAGCUAAUGGCCAAGAAGAUGCAUCGUACUAUGGGCGAUUUAUCCUUCGGAACCGAUGAAACAUUUGAUCGAACUAUCUUAAAAGCCAUCAACAGCUACAAGUUGCCGUAGUCGCAUAAUGAAAUAAUUGAUUCUCUCUCUUUCGCUUUGAUGGUUUUCAUUGUCGUCUGUAGGAACGGGGUGAACCUUAUCUUAUCCUAAACGUAUAUUUUUGCAUUGUAUUUGUUGAUUGCAUUGCGUUGUUAUUGCAUCCAGAUUGUCACUGUAGUUAUUAAUUAUCAACAUCGAAGAAGACUAUCAGGGUCCGCACUAACGUCUUUCGCAUUAAAUCUGAUUAAUCAGUUCACCAUAGACGGAUGUUCUGCAGAAAGGUCACAGCAUAAAUGUUACAUAGAAGCAGAAGCAUAAAGUAUUGUCAAGGUUCAAAGUAUUUCUACCCCUUCCGUCUUAUGAUUGAAAGUUUACCAGAACUCAAGCGCAUACCUUUAAUUUGCCUUGAACCGCUUCAUUUCGUUGACUAUAAACUAUAAAAUAUCAAUAUAUAAAAAAAACUAGGAACAUGUUAAAUAUUGAUGGACUUUUCAUAAAAUCCACACCCCAAACCCAAACAAACCCAACAUUUAUUAUAGUAAAAUUAAUAGAAAAACUAACACUUAUUAUGUACGUCAAAUAUCAACAUCGGCUACUGUAAUAGUAUUAGGAUAUUAUAUUUCCAAAAGAACGAAUACAAGGAAAAUGCACUGAUA